CGUGCGUGCCCGCGACAGGUGAACUUUAUUCAAGCGGAUGAGUUACUUUUGAAUCCUAAGAAGAGACUCGGAACCUCUGGAUGGCUUUUGACCUUACUUUCUGUCGCUUCACUGAGUUUCAGUGGAAAAAAGCUGUCCUCACAGGUGGAUCAGGAAGAAGAGGUUUAUCACGAUGUGUCUAUCUGAGAGAAAUCCUUAAACACCGCAAGACGUCUCUCCGGUCAACCAUCGCCGGAAAUUGUUCGCUAAAUAACACACAUUCCAGCCUCUUCCCCUGCCUGCCAUGUUUUUCCAAAGAAAUUCUCAGCUUUCUAUCCUCGUGGCAGAUAGAUGAGCAAGGUCCCCCCUUGAUAAGCAGGUCAUGACAGGCGAGGGGAGUAGAAUAGCGUCGAAUGCUGCGGCGGCUACUGCUGAGGGAAUUGCGCUGCUUUUCACGAUCUCUGCACAUUACCAGCGUCUGUCCGACGACCGUGAACUCUUCCACCAGCAAUUCUUACUUUCCUCCCAAAUUGAAAAAAAUAUAUCUCGCUUCGCCUUCUCCAGGUUUCGAAAGUUGUAUAGUAGCUUACUUUGAUCCGGUAUAAAAUAGCCUUCCUCUGAUGCAGGUUAGGUCGGACUUAUUGCUUUCUGUGCUGCGUUACCCUUCUCCAAGUGAACAGGUGGAGUCAGGAAGUCAAAGAUACCUCAGUCCGUGAGCCUUUGGGAAUGACUGGCUAGUCUCCAAGUCACUGUCAGCUGUCGCGACUACCUCAAAGAUUUGCCCAUAGAGCUUUUUUUGCCUGAGUUGCAGGGCCGAUCUCUUCGAGUUUCAACACCUGCCUUCGAAUCCAAAAGCUCUCGCAUCGACUCGUGCUCUUUUCCUUCUCUAGGUCAUAAACUGGGAUCUUUGUUCUUCUUCAUCAACACAUGAUAUAGACUUUUCUGCAUCAGUAUUUCUCUGUGCAUAACUCUUUCUUUGCGCCCACACACAUUGUCUCACUUCGUUUCAACAGCGAAAAUGAAGGUUUUCGAAUCCGCCAAAGGAGCGGCUUUCUCGAGGUCAGCCAUUGUGGUUGGCCUUCUGGCCGCUGCGGGCGUGUCCACGGGAGCAUCGGCGGAUUUGCUUUCUGUUACAUCUGAAACGAUCCCGUUCCCGACGAAACACACAACUUCCUAUUCGGCGUCGUUCGACCACAGCGCGCCUGUCGUGACUGACGAAACGCCAUCUCUCGAACCCGAGAGUGUGGCGUUCACCACCUCCCCAGUCCCGCAAUACAGUCACGAGUUAAACGGUGAGGUGCAUCACAGGAUUGCCGACGAGGAGGCGUGGGUCGAGAAGCCCCAACACAAGAACUCGGAGCAUCUGAUGUACGAUAUGCAUCAGGACAUGAAGGACCGGUUCUGGCAUUUGAACGACGAAUCCGCAAUCGAAAAACUCAUCAGUGAAGGUCUCUUGGACCCCUCUUGGGGGCACCAGUUCGACAUGAACUUUGUACCGACCUUCCAAGAGGAUCUCUUUGAUGACAUCUUCAGUGAAGAAGAACCCUCUCUCGAUGCCUUCCUUGACGGAGAUGUGUACACAGAGAGCGAUUUGUUCUCGCACGAGGUAACUCCACAGGUGGACACAAACACGGAGGACCUCCCGAUCGUCCAGCCAACGACGGAAGUCGAAAUAACAACUUCAUCUGGAGAACCAGUGCCUGAAGAAGCCGGGAAAACGAACGAUAUGCAAUCACAACCCUCUCAGGCUCCCGAUAACGGGACGAUGACUACCGCAGCAACCGCUGACGUUCCUACCUCAGAGGAGUCAACAGUCGAAGAGACAGCCCAGGAGAACAAUCUUCAAGUGUCUCAGACAGGCUCUGAGAAAUCGGAGGCCCGGACAGACGACGCGGCCCAAGAUGAUGCUGAAAAAGCAGGUGCGGAAACCCAGAAAGAUGCAACAGCAAACAUUUUAACUACUACCACAACGACCGCCAGCCCUCCUGCAGUUACAGAAGCUGCCGGUAAACCUGCAGUAGACGGACCCACUGACAAAGAGGUGACAAAGGAGGUUCCGGCUGUUGCGGCAAGUGAAUCAACUGAAAAGGAAGACAAGACAAAUGAAACGGAAAGGAGAGAAGACGUGAACGAACCAGCAAAGGAAGUGGAGGCGAACGAAGCAGAGACGGAAGCAGACUCAAAUGAAGCAAAAGCAGAAGACAAUGCGGAUGAAUCAAACGCGGAAGAGACGACAAAUGCAGCAAAGAAGGAAGACACGGCAAAUGAGAUAAAGAAAGAAGAGGAGGAAAGUGAAACACAGGGGGAAGAUAGCGCAGCUGAGGUCGAGCCUGCACCCUUGGCGACUGAGGAAUCUGGCACAGGUAAUGACGACGAAGAAGCGGACAAGCGGUCUGGCGAGGCGUCUCAUCCGUACUUGCGCUCUGUGGGGCGCCGCCUCUAAUCAACAUCCACGAGACACGAACCAGACCAUCCUUUCUUGUUUCUCAGAGGAAACGAGGUAUGAAGAGCACUCAUUUGCACGUACACAGAUUCCACUUCCACCACGGUUUCCCUCGUCUCUGCGAGUUUUUUCUAUUCGAGUUACAGACAGGCUCCCAAACUCCACGUUGGUAUACGGUGCACUAACCUACCGUAUUUUGGUGGUUCUCUCUCUGUCUGUCUCGGUACUCAUGCUAAUUUUUACGACUCUGAAAGCGUUCACCAAGGUGGCUACUCUCAUGUCGGUUGCGUCUUGGCCCGCCCCGUCGGGAACGUUCGCCGCAAGACAUCACCAGAGUAAAGAGACUGUAAGGUAAUUCCUGAUCACAACAACUCGGGCAGUUGUUCUAAUGAAGUAGCGCAACCUGCCUUUCUAGUGAUUCACGUCUCUCGUGCCUUUACACAAUGGUAUAUAUAUGGAUAACUCUCGACUCUUGCUCAAUAUGAGAACAGAGAACUG